UAGCCACCGAAGUCACCGGAUACGCAGAGGAAGAGUCCGGUCGCUGCGUUUGGGAAAACAAACAAUUCAAAGUUAGUUUUUUUUUCUUUUUGCUUUCGUUUUUUUCUUCUUCUAAGAACUGGAGUCGGAGUUAAUAAGCGGCCGUCACGGACCCGAGUUGGACUUGUGGCAGAUUUAAGAUGACCUCGAUAAGCAAGGAUUAAAACCGUGGAUAUGAUGCGAAGAUGAAAGAGAAGAAAAAUAAACAAUAGCCGCAGAUGAGAGCCAGCUGGUAAUGGGGGCACUUCUGAAAGUCGUCCGCCGGACAGGAAUGGCUUGAUACCUCGCCGCAGAGUGGAGGAAGAAUAGCGUUGCGCUCGCAGUGCAUAUAGACGCGUGCACUCAUGUUUCUGUGGGAGAGAAGGAAAGUUUGCUGCGCUUGAUUCACCGAUUUGUACACUUUGUGAAACGCAACACUGCCCGCUUCUUCUACCGGUCGGCGAAACCCACCUCGGUCUAGGUGCUGCGCGUCUCUUACAAUGUCUAAACCGGUGCUGAAGAAAAACCACUGGACGUCUAAAGUUAACGUUUGCGCCGUCUGCAAAGACGCUCACGGUGGUUUGAACGUGCCGCUGCUCGGCGGCGCGGAGAGCGGACAGUUCGCCUACGUCGGACAGGUUAACGAGGACGGCGUGGUUUACAAGACGGGGAAAUUAACCGAGGGGGACUUGCUGUUAGAGGUGGAGAACCUUUCCAUAUCUGGAUUGCCCCUGUAUGACGUGCAGACGGUGAUAAGGAAUUGCAGAGGUCCCGUAAGACUGAAAACUGUCAGACAAGGAAAUAAGCUAAAUAAGGAUCUGAAACACUACCUGAGCCAGCGCUUCCAAAAAUCGUCUCCUGACCAUGAACUGCAGCAGACCAUUCGAGACAACCUCUACCGCCAUGCCGUGCCUUGUACAACUCGCCCCCCACGAGAAGGAGAAGUCCCCGGCGUAGAUUACAACUUCCUGUCAGUGGAGGACUUCCUCGAGUUGGAGAAGAGUGGAACCCUUUUGGAGAUAGGAACAUAUGAAGGUAACUAUUAUGGGACGCCCAAGCCGCCGGUGCAGCCCCCCAGUGGGAAAGUGAUUAGCAGUAGCGGUAGCGGCGGUGAUGCCCCACUGUCAGACGGGAUCAGCGGCAGCCUGCCCGGCUCACAGAACUCCACUCCUCGACGCUCCAAGUCCUACAAUGACAUGCACAAUGCUGGAAUAGGGCCUGGAGAGCAGCUGGAGGAGGACGAGGACCUCCCUGAGAUGAACAGUAGCUUUACAGGAGACUCUAGUGAACCAGACGAGCUUCAUCACUCGGUGCGCCCUUUUGCCCCCCGACAAGGCGCCCCAUCCUACACUGGGACCAGCCCCUCACCACUGGCCACCACGGAGAGCACACAGCAAACACACCCUCACCUGAGCCAUCCUCCCCCAGAGGACCCGCUGGGACCUCUGCCCGAGAACUGGGAGAUGGCCUACACCGAGAACGGAGAGGUCUACUUUAUAGACCACAAUACAAAAACCACCUCCUGGAUAGACCCUCGGUGCCUCGACAAACCUCAGAAACCCCUGGAAGAAUGUGAAGAUGAUGAAGGGGUACAUACAGAGGAGCUUGACAAUGACCUAGAACUGCCUACAGGAUGGGAGAAAAUAGAUGAUCCAGUGUAUGGGGUCUACUACGUUGAUCAUAUCAACAGGAAGACCCAGUAUGAGAAUCCGGUGCUUGAGGCUAAGCGGCGCAGGCAGCUGGAGCAGCUGCAGCCUCAGAGCCAGCAGCCACCUGAAGGUGAGCGCUACAUCCGAGAAUGGAUUGAGGACUCCACUUUGGCUGGGGCCCCCCUGGCCAGUUAUGCUGCCAAUCAUCAAGAGACCUACAGAGAGCCUCAGUCAGCCCCGUCAGCAUCCAAUGCCAUGGGACAAAAACGAGGGAAGCCGUUCUUCACGCGGAACCCAGCUGAGCUGAAGGGGACCUUCAUCAACACCAAGCUCAAGAAAAGUCGCCGGGGGUUCGGUUUCACUGUGGUAGGGGGCGAUGAGCCAGAUGAAUUCCUGCAGAUCAAGAGCCUGGUCUUGGAUGGACCCGCUGCCCUUGAUGGAAAAAUGGAAACAGGUGACGUGAUUGUGAGUGUCAAUGACAUGUGCGUGCUGGGCUACACCCAUGCCCAGGUGGUGAAGAUCUUCCAGUCCAUUCAGAUUGGCUCGAUGGUCAACCUGGAGUUGUGCCGCGGCUACCCACUGCCCUUCGACCCGGAUGACCCCAACACCAGCCUGGUGACUUCAGUGGCUAUCCUGGACAACAAGGAUCCCAUCAUUGUUAAUGGCCAGGAGGGCUCCAGCAGCUAUGAAUCCCCUUCCAGCCAUGGCAGCCAGAACAACAACAACGGUGCAGCCAACGGCGCGGUGCCUCAAAAUGGCCUCCCCCGGCCACACAGCCCUUCUGCCGAGGUGGCCUCUGACACCUCCUCCCAGCAUGGCUACCCCAGCGAUGUCGUCACAUUAGCCUCAUCCAUUGCCACCCAGCCAGAGCUUAUCACCGUACACAUGGAGAAGGGGGACAAGGGCUUCGGCUUUACUAUCGCCGACAGCCCCGGGGGUGGAGGGCAGAGGGUUAAGCAGAUUGUGGACUACCCCCGCUGCCGUGGCCUUAAAGAGGGUGACAUUAUUGUAGAGGUGAACAAGAGGAAUGUGCAGACCAUGUCCCACAACCAGGUGGUGGACCUUCUCAGCAAGUGUCCCAAAGGCAGCGAGGUCACCAUGCUGGUACAGAGAGGGGUGGCACCUGCAAAAAAGAGCCCAAAACUGCAGUUAUCAAGAAAAGACAGUCAGAACAGCUCCCAACACAGUGUCGCCAGCCACCGGAGCACCCACACCGACUCACCUGUGCACCCAUCCCUGGCUGCGCCCCUCAGCGAGAGCGCUGCUCCCCCUGCUCCAUCCCAACCACUGCCUGGCCUGCCCCCCCAAGACUCCCCCGCAGACGGGACCAUCCAGAGGAAACCAGACCCCUUCAAGAUCUGGGCCCAAUCCAGGAGCAUGUAUGAAAGUAGGCUUCCGGACUUCCAGGAGCAGGACAUUUUCCUGUGGAGGAAAGACACAGGCUUUGGCUUCAGGAUCCUUGGAGGCAACGAACCCGGAGAGCCGAUCUACAUUGGCCACAUAGUGAAGUACGGUGCGGCAGAUGAAGAUGGACGUUUGCGGUCUGGUGAUGAGCUGAUCUGUGUUGAUGGCACGGCUGUAGUUGGAAAGUCUCAUCAGUUGGUGGUGCAGCUGAUGCAGCAGGCCGCCAAGCAGGGCCAUGUCAACCUCACUGUCCGACGCAAGACCAGCUACUCCGUCAAAGCGGAGGGUGAUGUGCCCCCAUCGCCAGCCUCCUCCCACCACAGCAGCACCCAGGCACCCAGCCUGACGGAGGAGAUAGGGAAGCGCACUCCGCAGGGCAGCCAGAAUUCCCUCAACACAGUCAGCUCCGGAAGUGGCUCCACCUCUGGCAUUGGCAGCGGCGGGGGCGCAGGGGGCAGUGGCAGCGCAGUGACUGUGGCAGCAGCAGCAGCGCCCACCUCCUCCCAGCCCCCCAUCAUCUCCACUACCUCGUCCUCCACCCUACAGCCCUACGACGUGGAGAUCCGGCGCGGGGAGAACGAGGGAUUCGGGUUCGUCAUCGUUUCAUCUGUGUCACGGCCCGAGGCAGGCACCACCUUCGCUGGCAAUGCGUGUGUGGCCAUGCCCCACAAAAUAGGGCGCAUCAUUGAGGGGAGCCCAGCAGACCGCUGCGGGAAGCUGAAAGUUGGAGACAGGAUCCUGGCCGUUAACAGUUGCUCCAUCACCAACAAGUCCCACUCCGACAUAGUCAAUCUCAUCAAGGAGGCUGGCAACACGGUCACACUACGCAUCAUUCCUGGAGACGAGUCAUCGAACGCAUCACUACUGACCAAUGCGGAGAAGAUUGCCACCAUCACAACCACUCACACACCCCAGCAACAGGCCGCACCUGAGCCCAGAACCAACACCAAACCAAAACAGGAGACAUUUGAGUUCAAGGCCCCGCAGGGCCCUCCUCCUCAGCCCCCGACACAACAAGUCCCUGCCCAGGAUGCUGAAUUCUACUCUGUGGACCUGGAGCGGGACAGCAAGGGCUUUGGCUUCAGCCUGCGAGGAGGCAGAGAGUAUAAUAUGGACCUGUACGUGCUGAGGCUAGCAGAGGAUGGAGCGGCUGUACGCAACGGCAAGAUGAGGGUUGGCGACGAGAUCCUGGAGAUCAACGGCGAGAGCACCAAGGGCAUGAAGCACGCCCGUGCCAUCGAGCUCAUCAAAAGCGGAGGCCGCCGCGCCCAUCUGGUGCUCAAGAGGGGUGACGGCUCAGUGCCUGAAUAUGACGGCAGCGUCGACAGUGACGGCACAGCCAACCCAGCCGCAGGGUUACAAAACGCUUCGGAAGUGAACACCCUGCGCCCCACCAAUGCACCAUCGGAGUCAAGCUACCCACCAGAAACCCACCAACCAUCCCGGAGCAAGAAGGAAACUAGCCGCCACUUGACCGGUGCCGGCAGACACCACCAUUCCACCCAACCCCACCGUUCCCCUGAUAAGAAAACCAGCACAGGCAAACGCAAGGGGGGCAAGUCCACUGGGAAGGAGAUAUCCAAGCAGUCCAAGAAGAAAGACAAGGGAAAGAGUGGCUCCAAAGAGGGCCACCAUCACCAUUCCAGCGGCGGGCACCACCGCAGCGGGCGUCACCAUUCGCAGGACAAGGGGCGCAGUCGUGCGCGGAGUGCUGAAAACACCCUGGAUAGCCGUCACGGAGGGCGCAGGCAUGGGCGCUCCCCCGACAGACACCACACCCACCACUCCCCCUCUCACCGCCGCCACCACUCGCCUCAUCGCCACCGCUCACCUCAACGCCACCGCUCGCCUCAUCGUCACAAGUCACCCCACAGAAACCGCUACCAGUCCCCUAACCGACGCCAUGCCCACUCCUCAGAUCCAUACCACCGGCACGUGUCCCCAAAUAGACAUGGGGGCCAAAGUAAUGAGAAGCCAACUGGGGUUGAGGCUGUAUUGAAGGAGCCCUACAGGGAUCCUGAACCGAGCCCCCCUCCUGAGGACAGCGUCCUCAGGGAACCCCCAGCCCUGGACCGUCUGAACAGGGAAGCCACGCUACCGCUCCCAUACAGGAGGGACAACCUGCUGAUGAGGGCCUCUUCCAUGGAGAGGGCCUACAGGGGAGGUAGCCUGCUGGCGGAGGCAGCAUCCCAUGGCCAGAGAAGGCCCUAUGUAGAGACCACCUUGCCCAGGGUGCAUACUCCUGUCUCAGACUCAUCCUACAAGAGGUACAGCUCUCUGCUGAGGGGCCGCUCACCUGAGAGGAUGGAGAGGGAAGAGCGUUACACCAGCCGAGGGCCCUCCCCUGAGCCACAGUACCGAGCCCGCAGUCUGGGACGAGACAUCUCCCCGAUCAGAAGAUUCAGACAAGACCAGGAAGGGGAGGAAGAUGAAGAUUACGAGGAUGAUUUGGUUGCAGCCAAAGUGAGAGAGUACUACAGCACGCUCAAGUCCAACGCCAGCCGCUCCUCGAAGCCUGUUGUCCCUGAGCCCAAGAAGACGUACAAGGAGAGCCCCAGAGACCUCAGUAUCUGAUCGCAUGGGAGUUGUCUAAUCACAUCCACCGCCCACAAAGCAACACAAGCUCCCAUUACCACUUGGUUCGUGACAUAUGAAAGUGUACCCAAAUUCCCCCACUACACACACACACACACUGGCACACACAAGAGCCUACACAGCUGUAGAAGAAAUUUAAGUUAUUGAUUGUGACAUUGUUGCGUUACUAAUCAAUGAUUCCAAGACAAUUUUUACAACAUUUUUUUUUCCUUUUAUUUUUAAAUGUGUUUGUUCUUUUUCUUUUUGGGGGGAGGGUUUUUUUUUGUUCAAGCAUUCUACACUUACACUAUCUCCAACUUUUACAGAAAAUGUAAAACCAUAAAAAAACAAUGAUGUGCCUAACAGUUUCAUUAUUUCAUUAUUUUUAUUUUUUUGGGGGGGGGUGUUUUAUUGAGUCUUUUUGCUUUGAUAUGCGACGGUCAUUUUCUGCCGCACCGUCAAAUGAUGAAAUGUAUGUAUACUUUUCCACAGACAGCCCAUGGACAUACCGCACACACGGGCCGCCGUGACCGGUGCUCACAAUGAUGCUGUGCAUGUCUUUAACGGUUUCAAUGUCUCUCUCUGUCUUCUCUCUUUCUCUUCUUUGUCUCUCUCUCGCUCUCUCUCUCUCUCUCUUUCUCUCUCUUUCCCCCAGUGCCACUGUUUUUUAGACAUUUGACCAGAUUAUAGCACAAGCCUGCAUUUGUUUGUAUAUUUUUGACAGUUUGCAGUAUGUGUACAUUCAGAGGUGAUCAUUUUAAAAAUGAAUGAAGGGAAAAUUAAGAAGUUAAACUAUGAUGAUGAUGUUAAAAUUAAAAUAAUAUA